AUGGAAGCAUUGAAAUGUCCCUAUGAUGGUCAUUGUGAAAUAAAUAUAAAUAAUCGUCAUAUAUGUUCUUAUUGUCGAUUGGUCAAAUGUUUAAAUAGUGGAAUGCAAGCUGAGAUGAUUCAACCUUCAUUUGCAAAAAGAAACAAACCAAAUCGAAGACAAAAAUCAAUAAAAGAUCCAAAGCAAAUAACAUCAACAGCUUUACGUAGAUUAAAUGAACCUGAACAAGUAAGACUAUUUGAUUAA